AUCAUCUGCUGCGCUCGCCAUCUUUGUUUUGCCAGAAUUUUGCUUUCUGCGGAGAGGAGUGCAUUUUUAGAGUUAAAACUUGCACUUUUACAGUGUUUUCUGCCUAGAAGAAAGCAAUCAUGGACGACUGUUACUUUUACUACUAUUCGUCGUGCUUGAAGGGCGACGCUUGUCCCUUCAGGCACGAGCCUAGCGCGCUUGGCAAAGAAACCGUCUGCAAUUUCUGGAAGCAGAGACUCUGCAACAAGGCUCACUGUCCGUUUCGCCAUAUGGAUGUGAAGGUGGACCGCAGCACAAUACCGUGCUACUGGGAAACGCAGCUCACUGGUUGCCGAAAGCCGCACUGUCCUUUCCUGCACCAGAGCAAGUCUCUCUCCAGCGACACGGAGAAUGGACAACCUUUGAUUUUGCCUGUGAAAAGUGGUGCAGAUUCGGAGCCAGUCGAGACCUCGAUUGCUCAAAGUUCGAUUCCCCAGUUGAGCUCAAGCUUUGAUCCGCUCGUUGUGAACUUCGAAGAAGAGUCCGACAACGAGAGUGUGCCUUCAGUAUCGCCACUAAAGUCAUCUCGCUUGCGAAACGCGCCCAAAACGCUCGAGCAAAUAAGACUGGAGAAAAUUCAAGCCGAGUCUGCCGCCUUUUACAACUACGAGACCCAGCAGCAGUUUGUGGGCCGAGAAAGCAACUUGUCCAACAGGCUGGACAUCGACUGCCGAGCAAGACUAAGGGAGAAACAGAAUCCAGAAAGCAGAGCGGUUGGUCCUGAGAAGAGCCAGGAUUUGCGGGCAGUCAUGUUGUCGAAACGGAUGCAGGCGCAGCAAGAAGAGGCCAAGACUUCGACCAACGUUGAGAACAUCAAGGUUCUGAGCAUCGAUGAGAUUCGAGAGAAGAGGAGGAGGAAAAUGGAGGAGCAGGAGAAAGAGGCCCAAGUGAAUCCUCCGGUCCGGGUGCCCAAACAGAAAAUCACUUUCGGCAGCGAAGAGGAAACCGAAGUCAAAUCGCCUCCGAAGAGAAAAAUUGAAGUCAACCCUCCAGUUCCUGAAAAUGCUCCGAGCGCGGCCGCCAAGAAAAUCAAAAGGGCGAUUUCUCCGGUCGUGUUCGACGUUUCGGAAAAGGUGAAAAAAGUGAAGAAGUCAAAGGAGGAAAAGAAAAAGAAGAAGCACAAGAAGGAGAAAAGAGACGCGGACGUGUCAAGAAAAAUAAAUGUCCUUCCUACCUCCGAAUCAAAGUUUCCCAACAUCCAAAUCACAGCCAACCUGACCAGCCCCACAAAACCCACCGUGGCUGUUGUUGCGAGAAAGAGGGUGAUUUCGGCCGACGAGACGGCGCCACCAGAUGUGUUCAAGAGAUUGAAAAAAGAGCCCCAGAGAAAGGAGGCGACCGAGCCAAAACGGAAAAAGCCCGAGAGGCCGCUGUGGAAACCAUCUAGGUUGGUCAAGACCGAAGAGCCAGAAGGGGAACCGAAACCAGCGCCGGUCCCGAAGGCCAGAUUGAAUGUUGCGGCGCCGGUUUUCACUCCGAAGAUACAAAUUUUAUCUUCAAUCAUCAAACCUGCGACAUCCGCAGAGAGUAAACCAGUUCGGGUCAUCAAGCUGAAAAAGCCAACUGCGUCUGAGCCUGUUGUCGAACCAAAGCCAGAAGUUGAGAAAGUCGCCGAGCCUUCGACCUCCAAGCUUUCGAUUGAGAUCCCGAAAUCGCCUCAGAGGAGUCUCAGCCAGUCCAUCAGCAUUGAUGAUGAGUUCGAUCUUCUCUCUCCGUCCUCGAACCCUGACGACUCCUUCCUGAGGGCUUCGGAUGACAAAAUACUGGAAGACAUAGACGCUUUGCUGAACGAGUAACACUUAAAAGAUACUAGAACUUUUGUUAUUUAACACUGGUUGUUAUGAAUUUUAUAACAUUUGCAAACUGCAAUCCGUACUGCUCGGAAAACAUCACCCGAUCUCUCACUGAAAUUGUUAAACUUUGGCGUUUUUAUCUCCACUAGGGAAUGUUUUAGCUGUUGAAUAAACCAUCUCCCAAUUUUAGCAGAUCAAUUUAGAUCACGUGCCAUGCAUGUGUGUUUUUUUUAAUUUUGUUUGCCUCUACGGGCUGUAAAGUGCCCCAAACGUUUUUUGUGAUGAUUGUAUUUUUAAAUUUUAACUAACUCUCCUAUAUAUUAUUUGAAUUAAAAUAUCUCUGAACUUGUGAAUAUGAACUAAAACUAUUAGUACCAGUUUUUGUAAAUAAAGAAUAAAAUUAUUCUUUGUAACAUGUGAA